AUCAAAUAAGAAUUAAACCACACAUCUAAAAAUCACAUAUAUCUGAAACAAGACACGUAGAUUUGUCACUUACCAUACAAAAGAAACUCUUGUGGACUACGUGUAAACUAAUUUCCCACCCAUUCCAUUAUUCCCCACACAACACAUGCAAUGCAACCCUCUCAUUUCAAAUCUUCUCUAUUCACAACAAUAACAACAAGAUCUCAACAUUGAACAAGAAGAAAAAAAUCACUCUUUCUCUCUUCUCUCUCUGCAUGAAAGAAAACAACAACCUUUUCAUAAUGUCUCACCAAUCCUCAGCUGAAUCUGAUGACAAGAUUCCUUCUCAUCCAUUGGACAUAAAAGUUCCCCACUCAUCUAAAGAUCAUGUCAACUUUGAAAAAGAACAAGAAAACCCUUUUUCUUUGAACACCCAAAAGAGCCAAAACCAUGAUGAGGAUGAUGAGGAUAAAGAUAAAGAUAAAGAUGCAACAACACAAAACCCAUCUCUUCUUUGCAACAAGGAGAAAAUAGAUGAUGAAGCAAAAGAGUUAACAAGUGUGGAAGAGGUGAGUGAAAGAGAGAGGCUGAAGAGGCAUAGAGUUGAAGUAGCUGGAAGGGUUUGGAUACCUGAAAUAUGGGGUCAAGAGGAUUUAUUGAAGAAUUGGAUAGAUUGCACUGCAUUUGAUGCUCCUUUAGUUCCAAGCAAGAUUACUAUGGCUCGUGCUGCUUUGGUUCAAGAGGGUACUAAAACCAAUGCUACUCCUCUAAGUAUAGACAACAGGGACAUGGAAUUCAAUGUGCAUAAGGAUUUAUCUCUUGAUAACAACAACUGCACAAAUGUUGAUGUUCAAAACACUCAAGUUUUCAGACACCAAGAAGAGCACCUAAACAAAAAGACCUGAUUCAAGUCCAGAAAUAUAACAAGAAUAUGAGAAGGAAGAGCAUUAUAUUAGGAAAAAUAUUGCAAACCAGCUGCUUCAGUUCCCCAGUAACCUUUGCGCUAAUCUCUCCAAAAUAAAACGUAGUUCAAAGAAAAACUUGAAGUAGAUAAAGUUGCAAAUACAGUUAACAGUAUAGCGGAUAGGUAGACUGUUCUCUGCAUUUAAAUUGUAAAUGAAGAAACAUUUGGCAUUGGCUUGUUUUGUUAAGUCUAUUGCUACUAUUGUCCCAGUGAUUGCAAUUGCAAACUACAAAGAUCCCAAAAAAUUCUAGGCUUCCCUAUGAGCACAAAUAGCUAAUAGAAUCAUUAUUCAUUACUGAA